AUGGAAGCUACCACGGGCCAACAACGGCGCAAUACGAUUCGCGCGUACCCCAAUAUUGCACCGUUCGCCGGUCGACUUGGUGGAAAUCAAACAGCAUACCUCGAUGGCCAUGAUGCGAUCGAGCCCGAGUCAGACAGACUCAUCCCGGACGCUUUGCCAUGGAUACCUCUAUCUCAGCAGUUUGAUUUGCGACCAUUUGCCACGCCAGGCCUGUGGAAAGCAGCCCUGGUGGAGGGCUGGGGGACGCUGAUGCUUGUCUACAUCACGAUCUGGGCAAGCAUGUCGCCCAACGUCCAGCCUCAACCACCAGAUGCCCGGCUGGGAAACUUCAACAACGCCGCCUUCAUAGGCCCCGCCGUCGGCGGGUUCAUCAACUUCGCCCUCGUGACCCUGUUCAUCUUCUCCUUCGGCGCGGUCACGGGCGCCCAUUUCAACCCGACCAUCACCAUGGCUACCUUCCUCGCGCGCCUCUGCUCCCUGCCUCGCGCCGUGCUGUACGUCGCUGCACAGACUGCCGGUGGUGCACUGGCCGGUCUCCUCGCGCGCGCGAGCUUCGGCACCUCGGACUUCAAGGUCGGGGGCUGCUGGCUGUUUCCCGAGCUCGUGCCGCCCGCCGAGACCUUUGUUGUGGAGUUCAUGGCCACGUCUGUGCUGCUGUUCAUUGCCUUCGGCACGGGCAUUGACCCGCGGCAACGCGAGACUGUCGGCCCUGCGCUGUCCCCGUUCCUCGUGGGACUCGGGCUGGGGAUGCUCAGCUUCGGCACCGGUUUCACGAGGUUCGGAUACGGUGGGGCCAGUAUGAACCCGGCACGCUGCUUUGGCGUCUUUGUUGGCAGUCAAUUCCCGAGUUGGCACUGGAUUCAUUGUAUGGAUAUGGAGGCUUUCGGGUGGAUGAGGGAUGGUACCCGGUACAAGCUCUAUGGAGGAGACUUCAGAUAUUAUAUGGACUUGGUGAGCUCAAGUUGGAAUAUCUGA